GGGAGUUUCCAGGAAGUGGCCAUAUUGGAUUCAUUCAGUUGCAUCAAUCGAAAGAGGAGAGCAGGUUUGGGGUGAGACGACUUUUUUUUUAAGCUAGCCGCCUGAGAAGGAACUCCUGGCCACUGACCUCCGGAGGUGCCCGGCUAUGGCUGCCACGGACUUGGAUCGGUUUUCUAAUGAAGAGAAAAGAAACCUAUCUAUGGGAGGCCAUGUUGGAUUUGACAGUCUUCCUGAUCAGCUGGUCAGCAAAUCAGUGGCGCAAGGUUUCAGCUUCAACAUCCUCUGUGUAGGUGAAACCGGCAUCGGGAAAUCUACCCUGAUGAACACUCUUUUUAACACAAUAUUUGAGACAGAGGAAGCUAGUCACUAUGAGCACACAGUCCGUUUACGGCCACGAACGUAUGAUCUGCAGGAAAGCAAUGUCCACCUGAAACUGACCAUUGUAGAUGCUGUGGGAUUUGGAGAUCAGAUAAAUAAAGAUGAAAGUUACAGGCCAAUAGUUGAUUACAUUGACAUGCAGUUUGAAAAUUAUUUACAAGAAGAACUAAAAAUCCGGCGUUCCCUUUUUAACUAUCAUGAUACAAGAAUCCAUGUCUGCCUUUAUUUUAUCACCCCAACCGGCCAUUCCUUGAAGUCCUUGGAUCUGGUGACCAUGAAAAAGCUGGAUAGUAAAGUAAACAUUAUUCCCAUCAUUGCCAAGGCUGACACUAUUUCCAAGAGUGAAUUGCACAAGUUUAAGAUUAAGAUCAUGAGCGAACUGGUCAGUAAUGGAGUACAGAUUUAUCAGUUCCCAACUGAUGAUGAUGCUGUAUCUGAAAUCAACUCUGUGAUGAAUGCUCAUCUACCUUUUGCUGUUGUGGGAAGCACAGAAGAAGUAAAAGUGGGAAAUAAAAUGGUGAGAGCUCGGCAGUAUCCAUGGGGUGUUGUACAAGUUGAAAAUGAAAGCCACUGUGACUUUAUGAAGCUGCGGGAAAUGCUGAUCCGGGUUAACAUGGAAGACCUGCGAGAGCAAACUCAUGCUCGCCAUUACGAGCUUUAUAGGCGGUGUAAGCUAGAAGAAAUGGGCUUCAAGGAUACAGAUCCUGACAGCCAGCCAUUCAGCCUUCAAGAAACGUAUGAGACCAAAAGAAAAGAGUUCCUAUGUGAAUUGCAAAAAAAAGAGGAAGAAAUGAGACAGAUGUUUGUGAACAAGGUCAAGGAGACGGAGUCUGAACUAAAAGAAAAGGAGAGAGAACUGCAUGAGAAGUUUGAACAUCUUAAGCGAAUACAUCAGGAGGAAAAGAGGAAAGUGGAGGAGAAAAGAAGAGAGCUAGAGGAGGAGAUGAAUGCCUUCAACAGGCGGAAGGUGGCAGUUGAAACACUACAGUGUCAGAACCUGCAAGCCACUUCACAGCAGCCACUGAAGAAAGAUAAAGACAAGAAAAAUUAAUCUCACACAUAGAUUACAAUGCCAUGAGUGGACUCUGUAUAUUCAUAUGUAUGUUAAUUGUUGUUUUCCCACCUUGUGAAUCCUUCUGCCAUCCCACUGUGCAAAGGAAGCAGCACGAGAAACUCAUCACCUGCCUUUUUUCAAGAAUGGAUGGUGACCAUGCAGGAAAUUAGCAUGAUUAAGAAAAAGAAUGAUUUGCUUUGCCUUUGCAGAUUCAAGGUGGAAAUUCUUCACACAUUUAGUUCUGAAAUGUCGGGAAGGUAAUUGCAGCACAACCUAUUUGUUUUAAACUCUUUGAGUCACCAUCUCUGUAUCAAGUGGCCCUAAAUUUAGCGAGUCAAUUUUUAAGAUGCAAUAUAGGCAAAGAGGUAGCAGUGUAAAAGUUGCCAUCGGUAAAAGUUACCUUUGGUUUUGUUUUAAUUUUUGCAAUUUAUUCUGAGGAAGAGAUUACCAGAAUGUUACUUCUGAUCAAAACCUGUUUUGAGGCAACAUUCUUAACUUUAUAUUAAAAGAAGAACUAUAGCAUGAGAAAGUUGAGCAUUUCUGUUGGUGACUGAAAUAUUAUUCAAGACAAAUUUCAAGAGGAUAUAAGUUUGCUGUAGGAUCUAGCGGAGACAUAUAAUUCCUUUAAUUAAUUCUCUCCUCAAAUUUUAAAAUUGAAAAUGGCUCCAUACUUAGUGGUAGAACAUAGAAACUCAUAUUUUACUUUUUUUAAAAAAAAAAAUCAACAUUAAUUUCUAUCUUUUAAAGUUGGUUCUUUUCCCUCAGGUACACCUGUGGUUUUCAGCCAAGGUGGUUUGGCUAUUUUAAAAUAGUUCAUAAGUAUUGCAAAUGUCAAGUACUGCAAGUACUAUAAUUUGUUGUAUAUGAUAGAGGUCAGCAAAAAAAUGGAGAUGGCAUUGAUAGCAAGGGUUCUGAAAAAAAUUAGGCCAAUUAAGAGUAGGCCAAUUAAAACAUUGAGUGGUUUUAAAAUCAUAUUUUGUGCCAAUUUAAAUUGUUUCUUAUAAACUGUACAGUCUACUUUUAAAAUGUGUCUUGUCACUUGUUACAUGCUUUGGGGAAAUGUACAACUGAAAUGUGAGUCUGAAAAGUCUGGCUUAGUACAUGACAGGCAGUCCUGGGAUCCAGGUGUUUUUUUUUUAUUAUUUACAUUUAUAUCCCGCCCUUCUCCGAAGACUCAGGGCGGCUUACAGUGUAUAAGGCAAUAGUCUCAUUCUAUUUGUAUAUUUACAAAGUCAACUUAUUGCCCCCCCAACAAUCUGGGUCCUCAUUUUACCUACCUUAUAAAGGAUGGAAGGCUGAGUCAACCUCGGGCCGGGCUUGAACCUGCAGUAAUUGCAGGCUGCUGUGUUCUAAUAACAGGCUUCUAACAGCCUGAGCUAUCAUGGCCCUUGCUUGUUGAUCCGUUUAUUGCAUAUGGAGAUCCAAAUUAACACUGGAUUCUAAUGGAUUUGGACAAAUGGCAAGAUUUCCAAUUAUACAGUGACUCCUUAUGAAAAAAUCAAUUACAAAACAUUCCUAUUGCAUAAAUAAAGCUGCCAGAAAAUUGAACCAAGCUUAAAUGAAGUUUAUUGAAGCUUCACCUUACUGCCAUUAAAGAUUCAAAUUUUCUUUGCCAGAAAAUUGGUAAGAAAACCAAAUGCACAGCAGCUGUUAGUGCCAGCUUGUGCACUGCGUAGAACUGGAUGGCCACAUGUUUUCUCUCCGUUGCCUUAGUUUUGACUGGGCAGCUGUUCACAGAAUGUUUUGCUUAGGAAGUUUUAGUUGUCCUUCCAUUUAAAUUUUUGGCGGUGCUAAAGCAUUGCUUGCUUUUUUUUUUUGCUAAAACCUUUCCAAAAGUAGAAUUUAACUAUAUAGUUAUCCUGAGGUUCCUUGUUUUGCACAUUUUCUUGCAGUAGCUUCUUGCCUGGAUGUUGAAAUACUAGUCUUUUGUCAUUUAACCCUAAGCCAAUGUCUGAAUAUAUUGAAAAUCAUGUUACAGUAUUACUUGAUAUUUUUAAGAGGGGAAAAAAAAAACUUGUAAGCAUACUUUUUAACCGCAAGCCUCUUCAAGUUAUACUGUUUCAGGCUUGCAUUUUAAUCUCUCUUUUUUUUCUUUUAUAAAGGCUGUGCCUUUAUUAAGAUAAAAUAUAUUUUCUAAAAUGCAACUGGAUAAUUAUUGAAGGUGAAUUGCAGUGCAGAAGAGAACUAUUGUAUUGUCUAUGUAGAUAGUAGCAGUUCUGGUACAUGAUUGCUUAAAGGCGUAAAACAAAAUUUCUUUGGGAGGCAAAAUUAGGAGCCUGAAAAUUAAUGCCUGCUAAGGAGACUGCAGGAUGGUAGAAUAGAGUUCUAUCAAAUAUGCAAAAAGUUGCAGUUUAAGAGUUUGUGCCAAUAAGAUCUGUUCUAUGCAGAACAUUUCUUUUUGGUCCAAUUGGUUUUCUGGACCUCAGUUUGAUGCUGUCCUAUUUUGGAAAUUAAUUAAGAAAGUGGGAAUAAUAAUAAAUAUAAAAUAUAUAGAAGGCAUAGCGAAAUGACAAUAUAUGUCUGAUGAAGACAUUCAGAAUGUAUGUAACGUUAUAUUAAUUAUUAUAAUAUUAGUGUUAUGUGAGUGCAUAUUUUAUGUUGUGCUGCCUGUUAUGUUAUUUUCAUUGAAAUAUGGGCCUCAAUUUUGCUACCGUCUUUGUUAAACUAUUUGUAAUAAGUCGUCCCAUGGAAACUUAAUAUCCUUUUCUUGGUUGAGGUCUGAUUUGGUACUUUGUAUUUCUUUAUGGGACCAAAUUGCAUUUAGUGGUUCUAUUCAUUGUUAUUUAAUAAGUUGCUAGCUAUUAUAAUGUGACACUAACCUUAAAUUAAAUCUUAAACUAAGCUUGAAGAUUUACCUCUGUUGUGUGAAGUAAGAAAAACAGGAAAACACAACAAUCUAUUUCCUAUGUUGUUUUCUAUAAUGUUUGACUAGUGGAGACCUGCAUCUUCCAUUGACUUUAAUUAUCCCAUAUUUUCCUGUUUUUUUAAAAAUUGUGUAAUUUAAAUAAUGGUUCAGUAUAUGAUCUAUGUUUUCAGAAGCAAAAAUGUUCACUUGGACAAUCAUACUGAAUGAUAUUUUAAAGUGUCAAGAGGAGAACCCAUCAACUUCUUUUAAUGAAGUAUUAUGUAUUGUUCUUACAUUACGGUUUUAGUAGUUUUUUAACCACUUUUUCAGCUUUCUUUGUACUUCUUUUUAUUAAAUACUACAUUUCAUUUUAA